UAAUAUUUAAUUUUUCGAAGCUAAUGUCUCGUUAACGGAUACUUCGAAAAAGCCUUGCGCCAAACUACCGGUCACCGUUGCGACUUAGUCGAUCUUAACUAGAACACUAGCGCAGGGAGCUGAAUUCACGGGACUCAAACUAUGUUUGUGGCGUCGGUUUGGUUCUCUUUUUAGUAAAUUUCCUCGAGCUCGACAAGGCAUACUGUGCAUCCAUCCGUACAGUACAGUACGUGAAUGUACUGAGAUGACCAAGCCACUUUGAAGCCAUCGCCUACAUAUCUAUCUGACUAGCCCCAACUAAUACACUGUACCUUUACUUCUAGAUACUUCCUCCUUUUUAAAAUAUAUCUAGGUACACAUCUUGGAAUUAUAUAUCUUCCAAAUCUAUUCACACAUCUUUCAAUUUCACCCAUGGUUGCAAUUGCGGGUUUUUAUUGUUACCCCUCCAACACCAUUGCUGAAUCAACUACUUCGAUACUUUGGCUUACCUUCCCAGUCAAUGGUCAUCGCAACACUUCAACAUGAAUAAAUUGAACGGCCUCGUCAAUUCACCCGAGGCUUCGGAUCAAGAAGAUAAAAAGAAGAGCGUCGAAGUGCCACCUCCCUACAGCGCAGGAAAUAGCAUACCUACAUCCGAACAGACCCCAUUCACAUCCGAUGAUGAGCUAAACUCCGGAUUCGAGUCGCUCAGCCUCACAUCCUGGACCACGGAAUUAACACCCGACACUUGUCUAGCGCACCUCAAAUUACUGGCCGCUUUUCAGAAUCUCAAGGAGGAAGUCGGUUAUACCGACGGAUUAUGGGGAUUAUACGAUAGUCAUGUCCUCUCGGCGCAGGACAAGAAAUCUAAGGCCGUAGAAAAUGGCCUGAAACUCGAUGAUGAGACGGGUAAGCGCUUAGCUGCGCUUCGGGAGAAACGAUGGGCGCUUUUCGUUGCGAGAGCGGUGGAUCGCUAUGAGACGUGGUGGAGAAAGCUUUCCAAGGACUUUCUAGGCAGUUAUGAUAUGAGCAGAGAAUCGGAGAAAUACACACAAUUCGUGUCGCACAGCAAUCCGCUCGCGUGGGCUGAGAACAUCCUACCACCUUUAGAUGUCUUAAUGGUCUGGCAUGCCCAUAUGCUCAACCCCAGAGCAUAUCUCGAAGAUUGCGUGCUGUAUUGUCUAAAUGGACUUUGGAUGGCAGGGAUGCCCUGGGAGCUCAUCAACGACGCGAUUGACAACGAUUUCAAUUACAAUGUCUCUAGCGAGUGCGUCCUUGCCUGGGAGCAUAUUAUAGAGCGAAAAUGGGACAACAUCCAGGACCCGCUCGUCAAAAUCCUGAAAUGCCCCACCUGUAACGAAGUCCUCCCGAUACCGUGGACGACAUGCGGCAAACCCGAAAACUACGAUGGACCCUACAACGGCCUACUCGGAGAAGGAUACGGAGAUGGAAACUUCACAUACACGUGUCAUAAAUGCGGAAAGACACUUACCAGGGAAUUUCUCGAGGUAGCUAAGUUCGUCAAGGACACAAAAGACCUCAUAGCCCACCACCGACCUAUGCCAGGCACAAUCCUCGACAUCAAAACCGGAUUACCAAAGAUGGUUCCUCGCGGCGUGUAUAAGGAUAGACACGAGCGCACAUUUCCGAACCGGUUGAUUCAAAACCACCUUCGGAGUCAAUUACUCGAGUUGACGUCGCGCGAUAGAUGGCCCCCAGCUUCCAUGGAAAGCGUGCGUAUCCUUAUUGAGACGGCGAUUAAAAACGAUAAGAUCAUAAAGCAUGUAGAGAAUGUUACGGGCCGCGAUGCGAUAAAGCGGUAUGUUCUGGGUGCGGAUGCGCGCGCGCAUACGAGGAAGAUGAUGUCGCGGUAUUGGGGCAAUCCGUCGCCUUUUGCGCUUGAACUUGGGGGCGCGGUGUUGAGACAGGGGAUUUUCGUGGAGAAGAUGAAUAAGAUCGAUUGGCUUCACAGUCCAGCUGCGCGAGACACUAUGGCGCGAUUGAUCAAGAAGUACGACCGCUUUGUUAGGAUCAUGGCGGCGCACCCGAAAGAAGUCGUAGUCCCGACUCUUGAUGUUGAUCUCGCGUGGCAUACUCACCAACUCACGCCUUCGAUAUACACGCAGUCCGUGUACUCUAAGACGCGUCAAUUGAUCGAUCACGAUGAUAAGAUUGAUGAGGAUAAACUAUCAACUGCGUUCGAAUGGACGAGUAGGACAUACCAGGAGAUGUUUGGUGAGGUGUAUUCCGAGUGCACGUGCUGGUACUGCGAAUCGAUCCGCGCUGCGCAUGUCUCGUCCGUGGGAAGUAUGUUCCGCGUGUCGAAGAAUGAGAAAAUAUCCGAAUCCUUUCACGCAUCCGGCCGCGCCUCCCUCUGUCCCCCCGAUAACUCCGCCCACAUAUCCGCACACAACUCCGUGCGUUUCACAGACCCCAACACCUCCCGCGACGCCGUACGCCGGCGUCUCCAUCUAGCCCACCGCGAUCACCUCGACAAGAGCUAUAAUAAAGCGCAGAAACGCGCGAAGAGGAAAGGAAGGGACUUACCCCCGAGAGAUGAGUAUUAUUAUAGCUAUUGGGGGUAUCCGUAUAUGAUGUACGGACCGUUUGUGUAUCCGGUUUAUUUUACGCCGGGGGUUUACCCGUAUGGGGAUCCGGGUGCGGCUAUGGCCGGGAAUGGAGCUAUGGGGGCUUGUGUUGCGGGGGCUUGUGGGAGUGGUGGGGGUGGGUGUGCUGGGAGUGGAGGGUGUGGUGGGGGGGUUAGUGGUGCUUGCGGAUCCUCUGGCCCGGCUUGUGGUGGUGGCGGCGGAGGGAUCGGGAUUGGAGGAGGAUGUGGUGGAGGUGGUGGGUGUGGUGGGGGAGGAGGCGGUGGUUGCGGUGGUGGAGGUGGUGGCUGCUAGUCCAGCAUACGAUCCCCCCUCCUCUCCUGC